AUGGAGGGGCACAACCUCACCACAGUGACCGAGUUCAUCCUGCUGGGCAUCACAGAUCGCUGUGAGCUGCAGGCUCCACUGUUCCUCCUGUUCCUCGGCAUCUACCUGACCUCACUGCUAGGCAACCUGGGCAUGAUCAUCCUCACCCAGGUGGACCCCGGGCUGCAGACUCCCAUGUACUUUUUCCUCAGACACCUGGCUCUCACGGAUCUUGGCUAUUCCUCAGCUAUGGGACCCAAAAUGUUGGAAAAUUUUCUUCUGGAUCAAAAUACCAUCUCCUAUUAUGGUUGUGCCACACAGCUGUUUUUCUUUGCAGUUCUUGUGUGUGAUGAGAUUUAUAUCCUGUCUGUGAUGCCCUAUGACCGCUAUGUGGCCAUUUGCAGCCCUCUGCUGUACACAGUCAUCAUGUCACCAAGGGUAUGUUGGGUGCUGGUGAGCACUCUAUAUGUCUACGAUACCGUCACAUCUCUCCUGGUCACCAUAAAGAUUUUUACCUCGCCUUUCUGUGGCCCCAAUGUCAUCCGUCAUUUUUAUUGUGACAGUCUCCCCUUGUUACCUUUGUUGUGCUCAAAUACCCAUGAAAUUGAAUUGAUCAUUCUGAUUUUUUCAGCUUUUAACUUGAUUUCCUCUCUCCCGAUGGUCCUGGUGCCCUACCUGCUCAUCCUCACAGCCAUCCUCAGGAUGAAAUCUGCAGAGGGCAGGCACAAGGCCUUCUCCACCUGUGGGUCCCACCUGACAGUGGUCAUCAUGUUCUACGGGACCCUGAUAUUUAUGUACCUGCAGCCCAAGUCCGGUCACUCCAGUAACACUGACAAAGUGGCUUCAGUAUUUUAUACCCUGGUCAUCCCCAUGUUGAAUCCCUUGAUCUACAGCUUGAGGAACAAAGAUGUAAAAUAUGCUCUUCAUAGGACUGGGAAAAGGAUCACAAGUGUGGUGUAUUGUGUUUUGUGUCUUGCGCUGCCCUGCCCGUCUAGUCCUCCCAGGAGAGCAGGGAAGCCUGGGGAUCUCCGUAUUGAUCCCCGUUACCUAUUAGCAGAGCAGUGCUCCUUACGUGCUAAACGCCGGGCACUUUUAAGCUGCCUUGGAAUCUUCCUGGACUCUGUGCCCAGGAAGGCAGCUAAACGCUCACAGUCUGGGCAUCAUCUUGUCAGAAAAGCCUGCCGUGUCUGCACACCAAGUGAGGAGUGGCCCUGCGUGGUGAGAGGCCCAGGUGGAAGGGCACUGCGCAGUACCAUCUGCAAAGGCAGGGGAAGGGAGAGUCCGAAAGCAGGCGUCUUGGAGCAGGCCGGCGCUCAUCAUAAUGGGAUCAUCUCCCAGCUACCAUUUAUUUACUUUGCUAUUGUUUCCCUGUGGAUGAUAAGGCUCGAAACUUUUAUUUCCUAA